AUGAUUAAAGGAGAAGAUACUACAUUGAUAAUCUACGGGAUUGUUACAGAAAAAGUUAAAAUUAGCAAAGGAGUAAGGCAAGGAAGUGCGAUAUCAUCAUUAUUAUUUAAUGUAUAUAUAGAUGAUAUUAAUCAAACCACAAAAAUUAUUAAUACUGAUCUAUUGCAAGAGCAAAAAUUAAAAUCAAAAGUUAAUUUUCAAUAUGCUGACGAUACUGCUUUUAUAACUGGAUCUUGACAAGAUAUUAAAAAUUUAAAAAAACUAAAAAUGAUCAAUUGAAAAUGGCAUAGACCUUAA